AUGAUAUCGUUUUCAGCCAAAGACUUCAAACCUGCACCUUUCACCAGACCAGCAAUACCAUAUGCUGCACCGCGUCUUUGUGCCAAGUUCUUGCCUUCAAACAGCUUCUCAAACAAAUCAUCAAAGUAUCCAGACAAUUUGGCUUUGGUAGCUGAGACAAGUGGCGCGAUACACUCAGAAACAGCGAACUGGACAUCUUCUGAAGGUGUUUCCAGAGCUUGA